AUGAACAUUAGUGAUAUUAGCACUCCUAAUGACAACGACAUGUACAUUAGUAACAUUAGCACUACUACUGAUAUUGACAUGUACAUUAGUAGCAUUAGCACUACUACUGAUAUUGACAUGUACAUUAGUAACAUUAGCACUACUACUGAUAUUGACAUGUACAUUAGUACCAUUAGCACUACUACUGAUAUUGACAUGUACAUUAGUAACAUUAGCACUACUACUGAUAUUGACAUGUACAUUAGUAACAUUAGCACUACUACUGAUAUUGACAUGUACAUUAGUACCAUUAGCACUACUACUGAUAUUGACAUGUACAUUAGUACCAUUAGCACUACUACUGAUAUUGACAUGUACAUUAGUACCAUUAGCACUACUACUGAUAUUGACAUGUACAUUAGUACCAUUAGCACUACUACUGAUAUUGACAUGUACAUUAGUACCAUUAGCACUACUACUGAUAUUGACAUGUACAUUAGUACCAUUAGCACUACUACUGAUAUUGACAUGUACAUUAGUACCAUUAGCACUACUACUGAUAUUGACAUGUACAUUAGUACCAUUAGCACUACUACUGAUAUUGACAUGUACAUUAGUACCAUUAGCACUACUACUGAUAUUGACAUGUACAUUAGUACCAUUAGCACUACUACUGAUAUUGACAUGUACAUUAGUACCAUUAGCACUACUACUGAUAUUGACAUGUACAUUAGUAACAUUAGCACUACUACUGAUAUUGACAUGUACAUUAGUAACAUUAGCACUACUACUGAUAUUGACAUGUACAUUAGUACCAUUAGCACUACUACUGAUAUUGACAUGUACAUUAGUACCAUUAGCACUACUACUGAUAUUGACAUGUACAUUAGUACCAUUAGCACUACUACUGAUAUUGACAUGUACAUUAGUACCAUUAGCACUACUACUGAUAUUGACAUGUACAUUAGUACCAUUAGCACUACUACUGAUAUUGACAUGUACAUUAGUACCAUUAGCACUACUACUGAUAUUGACAUGUACAUUAGUACCAUUAGCACUACUACUGAUAUUGACAUGUACAUUAGUACCAUUAGCACUACUACUGAUAUUGACAUGUACAUUAGUACCAUUAGCACUACUACUGAUAUUGACAUGUACAUUAGUACCAUUAGCACUACUACUGAUAUUGACAUGUACAUUAGUAACAUUAGCACUACUACUGAUAUUGACAUGUACAUUAGUAACAUUAGCACUACAACUGAUAUUGACAUGUACAUUAGUAACAUUAGCACUACUACUGAUAUUGACAUGUACAUUAGUAACAUUAGCACUACUACUGAUAUUGACAUGUACAUUAGUAACAUUAGCACUACUACUGAUAUUGACAUGUACAUUAGUAACAUUAGCACUACUACUGAUAUUGACAUGUACAUUAGUAACAUUAGCACUACUACUGAUAUUGACAUGUACAUUAGUACCAUUAGCACUACUACUGAUAUUGACACCAUUUUUUGA